CUUUCCCCGACACGCGCUCUCCUCCCCGUCCGGCCGUCCUCCCUUCCUCUUCAGCGAUGGCGGCGGCGGCCGAGAUCCCGGAUGAGGUCGUUCCGCCCACCUUCAGGUUCCGGCCGACGCAGCGUGAGCUCAUCGAGUUCUACCUCCUCCCGCGCGCCCGCGGCCAGGAUCCAUUCCCCGGCGUCAUCAUCGAGGACGACGCGGCGGGGAGUUCGCUGCCCUGGGACCUCUUCGCGCGCCACGGCCUGGGGAGCGAGGACGAGGCCUACUUCCUCGCGCGCACCGGCGAGGCCAGGAAGCCCGGCGCCCGCCAGGACCGCGCCUGCGACGGCGGCGUCGGGGCGUGGAAGAUGCAGAGCAGCGCCGACAAGGACCUGCGCGUCGGCGGCGAGAGGAUCCUCUGCCGCAGGAGCAACCUCAGCCUGCACAUGGGCAAAGGCAAGAGCGGCGGCAGCGUGGGGUGGGUGAUGCACGAGUACACCAUCGCCGCGCCGCCAUGCCCGUCGCCCGUCAAGAUCUGCCACAUCGCCUUCACCGGCCACGGCAGGAAGCGGAAGCGCGUGCCGGAUGGCCAAGAAGACUGCGCCGGUGAACACGCGUCCCGGCGCGCGCGCGUCGAGGCCGCGGCCGCCGGUGGCCGUUCUUCUGGGGAGAUGCAGAUGCUCGGUCCUGACUCCGGCGAGGUGGUGGUGGUGCACGCUUCUGCAGAUCAAGAACGCUCGCAGCUUGUCCUGACCGACGACGACAUGUUCCCUCAGAGUCCUCUUCUCGGAAGCAGCGAUUUUCUGGACUUCCCGUCCGCAGCGUCAGCCAAUGCAGAGCAGUACCAAGAGUUGGAGCAGCAGGUGCCGAGUACAGAGGAGGAGCAGGUGCCGAGUACAGCGGAGGAGGAGCAGCAGAUGCCACAGCUGAUGGUCCAACAAUCUGGCAUGGCGGAGCAGCUUUCUGCAGGGGAACUGGAGUUCUGGAGCUCGAUAGUGGUCGAUGUUCAAAGCACUAACUGUGCUGAGCAGGAGUUCUGGAGCUCCAACGGGGUCGACAGCAACAGCGUGGUCCCAGGCAUGGGCGACAUGGCAGCAGACGACCAAGACCAGCAGGAGUUCUGGAGUUCAUUCAUGUCUGAUGUUGAGAGCAACUGCACGGUGCCAGACAUGGCCGCCGGAGCGCUCGGCGGCGAUCUCUGGGGAGCCUACUGCAUCACUUGCUAGGAGGUUGGGAGAUUUUUGCAGUACAAGGAUGGAGGAGCUGUACCUGGAACCGGCAGCAGCGAUUUUUUCAGCUAGGAGUAGGUUUCUUGGGAUGUUAGCAGUAGCAAUGCAGUCUGCAGCAACUUGGUCUGCUUGUUCCACGUUUUUUUUUUCCUGCAGUUUUUCUGCAGUAACUGUAAUCCACUGAUGUAGAGUAGCACUCAUUUUGUCGCCCUAUAUAUCUAUGAA